AGUGAGCCUGUGUUCAUGCCAGUGAGCUGCUGUGGCUCAGAUACUAAUACUUUCUUUCCAAACAGCGUAAGAAGUGAUUGAGCCACACGUAUACUGAAGGAAGGGCUCCCUCGAGUUGUGGUAUGAAGAGAUAAAUCACCAGUCACAGACUAUGCACCCGACUGCUGCUGUUCAGUCCAGGGAAAAUGAAAGUUGGAGUGCUGUGGCUCAUUUCUUUCUUCACCUUCACUGAUGGCCACGGUGGCUUCCUGGGGAGAAAUGAUGGCAUCAAAACAAAAAGAGAACUCAUUGUGAAUAAGAAAAAACAUCUAGGCCCAGUCGAAGAAUAUGAGCUGCUGCUUCAGGUGACCUAUAGAGAUUCCAAGGAGAAAAGAGAUUUGAGAAAUUUUCUGGAGCUCUUGAAGCCUCCAUUAUUAUGGUCACAUGGGCUAAUGAAGAUUAUCAGAGCAAAGGCUACCACAUACUGCAACAGCCUGAAUGGGGUCCUGCAGUGUACCUGUGAAGACAGCUACACCUGGUUUCCUCCCUCAUGCCUUGAUCCCCAGAACUGCUACCUUCACACGGCUGGAGCACUCCCAAGCUGUGAAUGUCAUCUCAACAACCUCAGCCAGAGCGUCAAUUUCUGCGAGAGAACAAAGAUUUGGGGCACUUUCAAAAUUAAUGAAAGGUUUACAAAUGACCUUUUGAAUUCAUCUUCUGCUAUAUACUCCAAAUAUGCAAAUGGAAUUGAAAUUCAACUUAAAAAAGCAUAUGAAAGAAUUCAAGGUUUUGAGUCGGUUCAGGUCACCCAAUUUCGGAAUGGAAGCAUCGUUGCUGGGUAUGAAGUUGUUGGUUCCAGCAGUGCAUCUGAACUGCUGUCAGCCAUUGAACAGGUUGCCGAGAAGGCUAAGACAGCCCUUCACAAGCUGCUUCCGUUAGAAGACAGCUCUUUCAGAGUGUUCAGAAAAGCCCAGUGUAACGACAUUGUUUUUGGAUUUGGGUCCAAGGAUGAUGAAUAUACCCUGCCCUGCAGCAGUGGCUACAGGGGAAACAUCACAGCCCGGUGUGAGUCCUCUGGGUGGCGGGUCAUCAGGGAGACUUGUGUGCUGUCUCAGCUUGAAGAACUGAAGAAGAAUUUCAGUAUGAUUGUAGGCAAUGCCACUGAGGCAGCUGUGUCAUCCUUGGUGCAAAAUCUUUCCGUCAUCAUUCGGCAAAACCCAUCAACCACAGCGGGGAAUCUGGCUUCCGUGGUGUCGAUUCUGAGCAAUAUUUCAUCUCUGUCACUGGCCAGCCAUUUCAGGGUGUCCAAUGCAACAAUGGAGGAUGUCAUCAGUAUAGCUGACAAUAUCCUUAAUUCAGCCUCAGUAACCAAUUGGACAGUCUUACUGCAGGAAGAAAAGUAUGCCAGCUCACGGUUACUAGAGACAUUGGAAAACAUCAGCACUCUGGUGCCUCCGACAGCCCUUCCUCUGAAUUUUCCUCGGGAAUUCAUUAACUGGAAAGGGAUUCCAGUGACCAAAAGCCAACUCAAAAGGGGUUACAGCUAUCAGAUUGAAAUGUUUCCCCAAAAUACAUCUAUUCCCAUCAGAGGCCGUGUGUUAAUUGGGUCAGACCAAUUCCAGAGAUCCCUUCCAGAAACUAUUAUCAGCAUGGCCUCAUUGACUCUGGGGAACGUUCUACCCGUUUCCAAAAAUGGAAACGCUCAGGUCAAUGGACCUGUGAUAUCCACGGUUAUUCAAAACUAUUCCAUAAAUGAAGUUUUCCUAAUUUUUUCCAAGAUAGAGUCAAACCUGAGCCAGCCUCAUUGUGUGUUUUGGGAUUUCAGUCAUUUGCAGUGGAACGAUGCAGGCUGCCACCUAGUGAAUGAAACUCAAGACACCGUGAUGUGCCGAUGUACUCACUUGACCUCCUUCUCCAUGUUGAUGUCACCUUUUGUCCCCCCUACAAUCUUCCCCGUUGUAAAAUGGAUCACCUAUGUGGGACUGGGUAUCUCCAUUGGAAGUCUCAUCUUAUGCCUGAUCAUCGAGGCUCUGUUUUGGAAGCAGAUUAAAAAAAGCCAAACUUCCCACACACGUUGUAUUUGCAUGGUGAACAUAGCCCUGUCCCUCCUGAUUGCUGAUGUCUGGUUUAUUGUUGGUGCCACAGUGGACACCACAGUGAACCCUUCUGGAGUCUGCACAGCUGCUGUGUUCUUUACACACUUCUUCUACCUCUCUUUGUUCUUCUGGAUGCUCAUGCUUGGCACCCUGCUGGCUUACCGGAUCAUCCUUGUGUUCCAUCACGUGGCCCAGCAUUUGAUGAUGGCUGUUGGAUUUUGCCUGGGUUAUGGGUGCCCUCUCAUUAUAUCUGUCAUUACCAUUGCUGUCACGCAACCUAGCAAUACUUACAAAAGGAAAGAUGUGUGUUGGCUUAACUGGUCCAAUGGAAGCAAACCACUCCUGGCUUUUGUUGUCCCUGCACUGGCUAUUGUUGCUGUGAACUUCGUUGUGGUGCUGCUAGUUCUCACAAAGCUCUGGAGGCCGACUGUUGGGGAAAGACUGAGUCGGGAUGACAAGGCCACCGUCGUCCGCGUGGGGAAGAGCCUCCUCAUUCUGACCCCUCUGCUAGGGCUCACCUGGGGCUUUGGAAUAGGAACAAUAGUGGACAGCCAGAAUCCGGCAUGGCAUGUUAUUUUUGCUUUACUCAAUGCAUUCCAGGGAUUUUUUAUCUUAUGCUUUGGAAUACUCUUGGACAGUAAGCUGCGACAACUUCUGUUCAACAAGUUGUCUGCCUUAAGUUCUUGGAAGCAAACAGAAAAGCAAAACUCAUCAGAUUUAUCUGCCAAACCCAAAUUCUCAAAGCCUUUCAACCCACCGCAAAACAAAGGCCAUUAUGCAUUUUCUCCUACUGGAGAUUCCUCCAACGACAUCAUGCUAACUCAGUUUUUCUCAAAUGACUAAGGCAAGGAAUCAUAAAAUCAAGAAAAAUUUCCAAAACAACUUGACAUUUAGAGACAAAUGUCAAUGAAGAAAUUAUGCUCAGUAUUCGACUGGGUUUUCUGAUUUAGGGGUCUGGGAAUAAAACAAGAAUGUCUCAGUGGCUUCAUUACUGUUCCCUUUUGUCUUCAAUUAAAUGAAAAGAAGAUUUAUUUCCAUGUGAUUUGAUUCAAAGACAGUGCUCCAUAAAUGCAGAAGAGUAGGUUUUGUUAGAAAUUGUGUCAGUUGUAGCUUGACCGUAAAAUAUGGUUUCUGUUUUCAUAAAACAGCAUUAUUCACAUGGCAUUUCCAAUAACCUGGAUUGAAGUAAGAAAAUUUUAUGGAAUAGAUUUAGAUAAAUUAAUAGGCCGCGUUCAUUUUCUUGUCAAAAAGUUACUGGUGGGGGGAGGGUGGGAAAAAGUUAUCAGUGCAAAUUUCCUAGAUAAAAAAACCAUUUCUCUUUCAAAUUUUCCAGUUGAAUUUUAUGUUUGCUUUUGCUUUUUAGGUUCUAUCACUUAACAUUGAAAGUUAAUCAGAAAUGAAAUGUAAACUUCCAUUUCAGAUAGCUUUGUAACCAUUUAUCAGAAAGUAUAAUAAUGUGAUAUGAUAUGUAAUGUGGUAUUUUUCAGUUUACAAGGCACUUUCAUCUGGUCCUAAACCCUGCAAACCAAAGUGUCAAGGCAGACCUAGUGCAGAGAUGAGGGCAUGGGGGCUCAGAGAGGUAAAGUGACUUGCCAAAGAUUGUGAAGACAGUUAAGGGGAAUUGGGGAUUUUUAGGACUUUUGUCUCCCAGACCAUUUCUACAGCCAAUAAAAGCCUUGAAAAUUACCUUUAGCCCUAGUAAAUCUUUAUGAGGUCAGUUACACAGUUCACCACUCCCAGAAUUCUAUGUAAGAGAGAAAUUAAGGGAGAAUUUGGUUGUCAGCUUCCAGGGAGAUACCUUAAAACAUCCUUAUUUUCUUUCAUAAUACACCAUAGGCACUUUGUGGAAGUUAUUUUCUUGGACAGCCAGUGCCACUUUUGGAUGACAUACAGAGCAGCAGGAGCUGAUGCUAUGUAAAGCAACACUUCUCUUCCAUACUUCCAUCACAUUUGGCUCACCUACCUGAGUUUCAGCCAUGACCAUAGUGCCCAGAGGAACCCAAGCCUUUGAUUCAUCCUUGCUGUUUUGAGAGGCUUAGGGAGUGUCUCUUAGCCUCCUGACGUGGAAAGCCUUCACGCUAUGCAAAUAAAGACAGCUGGGGGAACUUCUAGUUAGUGGUGGUAGAUUAAAUAAGCAUACCUAAGAGAAAUUCAAAGUUAGAUUUCCACAAGGCACCAGGGUGCAGCACACAUGAAAUAUGAAAGUGAGAGGUUCAAAGGAAGUGACUGAGGACCACUUAGAUGGUUCUAUACCCCACAAAUAUAUACGAGAGUCAACAGAAUUUUAUGAGAAAGAUUUCCUUGCAGAAAACUGCUCUAUGAGCCUUCUCACUCUACCUACCCACAAAAGUGAGAGAAGGAGGAAUGUCUGCUUCUUGACCUCAAACUUAGUGAGAGAAGAUUUCUCAGAUAGCUUUCUAUGGAACCACAACAAUUAGGGUGCAUGGCUGAUGGAAGUCUGACUCUUGCCUAGAAUUGUGGCCACAGCUCCAGUAGCAGAGCCCUGAAUGGGUUCUGUGUUGAGAAUAGCCUGUAGGUCUAGUGUUUGUCAGGGCAAUGGAUGUGUGUGUUUCCCAUGAACCAUGGUGACACAUGCAAGAGUGAAGGUCAGCAUGGGGCUCUUUUAGGUCCUCUCUGAUAGGGUUGUCCAAAGAGGUAGAGAGAACCCAGCAUCAAGAAGUGGGAGAUGAAGCCAGAUUGUGGGAUGAGGGAGGAGUCACAAAUGACCACCUGGAAUACAAAAGAAUCUGCACAGGCUAAAGAUGAGAAGUCAGGACUAUGAGAAUUUCUAUGGGAGUUCUUGAAUGCUCCCUCUCUUAUUAUACACAAUUACUAUCCAGAGAACCCUGACACCAUGUGAAGGCGGCCCUAUCUCAUAAGACAAAUUUCUUUUUUCUGGGACCUUGGGGAAGGGGAGGCCAGAAACCUCAGUGUCCAAGGCGGGGUGGAAGGAAAGGGAGAAAUCUUAGCAAAAAUGUCAACCAGCAAGGGAAGACGUGCUAGUGCAAGUAGGCAACUCAACACAAGACUCAUUUGGGGAGGGAAGAAAAAUUUAGUACUAAAUUAUUGUAGUUUCUUCUUAUUAUAGGUGACUGGGAGUCAUAAUUACCAAACUAUUUAAAAUGACCAAAAUGUUGCUCUUACCUGAGUAUGUUGGUAUAUAACUGGAAUGUAUCUGAUAGAAGAAAAGCUUCUCCCACUGAAUAAAUUUUAUGAGGAUGAUGAGAGACAAAAAAUGUUUGAUUAGAUAUCAUGUAUGUGCAUGCUUGUCUAAUUCACUGAUUAUGCAUACAUUCACCUCAAAAUGCUACUAAAACAACAAUAAAAUAAUAAAAAAGUGAA